CUACAACAACUGUACCAACUACUACAACAGCUGUACCAACUACUUCAACAACUGUACCAACCACUUCUACAACUGUACCAACUACUUCAACAACUGUACCAACCACUACAACAACUGUACCAACUACUUCAACAACUGUACCAACCACUACCACAACUGUACCAACUACUUCAACAACUGUACCAACCACUACAACAACUGUACCAACAGUGCCGACAACAACGACUGAACCUAGCACAACAGCAGCACUGACUACCACCCCUACAGAACCUACCAAAAUCGUCUCCACUACAACAACAACUGUACCAACAACAAAAGCUGUAUUAAACUCAGAGGUUGCACGAGGCCUGGAACUUUUAGCUAUGUUUAGUUUCCAGUCGGCAGCUGAACAAAAACAACAAGAGGACGUUACUAUUGCGACGGGAACAAGUGUCCCAAUUGCAGUGUUGUUAGUAACGGGUGGUGUAGUUACCGCCUUGCUAUUGUAUAGACGACGCAAACGCAAACAAAGCCAACAAGAACUCGAAGGAGACGAGCUCGAAGACGAAAAUAUGGAUAAAGAUAAUGAAUCUAUUACUCCAUCGCAUGCAUCAAUUGCUUUGGAGACAAGACCAUCAAAUGAAGACCAUGUACCGCAUCUACAAAAGCAGAGCAGUUCAUGUUCGAUGCCACCUGUAGAGUCUGUAGAUGUUGGAUUUCAUUACGUAUAGUAAUAGACAACGUUUUCUGUACCAAAGAGCAGCUAACAUGGAUAUGUAUACGUACUUUCUACCAAAUUUAAACUCUUACAUUGGUAUUCUUUAUUGAACACGCCUGAAAAGUAAAUAACGUUCUCUGGACAGUGGUACUUGCGCUUUGGUAAAAUCGGAUAUAAAUAGGCUAGUGAGGUAUAACAGUGACUAAGUUGAGGGAGAUUCGAUAUUGAAUUAAGCGAAAUAGAGUGGUGCCAACAUCAUGUCUAAUGCAGAAUAAAGACAUACAUUUUCUCUAUAAAUCAUGCUUGGAAACAGACAGAUAUUUAUCGGUCCCUCGGGUAGAUAUGCAUAUCUCCCUCUGGAUAAACCCCUCCCAGUACAUAACACUUAUAUAUCACUGAAUAAAAUAUUUACAGAAACUCUGUUUUUUCUACAUAUUGAUAUAACCCGUAUAGGCUCCUAACCUGAGAUCCAUAGGCUGAAAAUAGAAAUAGCGUUCAUCAUUUCGCAUUACACAUCGGAAUCAAAAACGGGGUUGAUAUAGGCAUCAUGUUUUACAUUGAUAUAACUGUGUGCAAUUUUACCCCAGUCGUAUUCACGUUUGAAUGAUUGGCCAGAAUAUGACUGUUUCUUAUUGAGAUCAGUAUGGCGAUGGUACAUUGUUAAAGCUGACGCUUGUGUAUACAUAUUUGUAGCAGCAUCUGCCUUUCUCUCGAACAAUCUUUGAAGACGAGACCCAUAACGCGACUGACUUAUCCAUUUUGGUUGUUGUUGUUGUUGUU